UCUUCUUUCAGUAACGAGACGAAAAUGGGAGGGACUCCAUCACCUAGACUUGUUCUAUGGUGCAUUACGGUGGCCAUUUCAUCUCGACCGACUUCCGGCGCCUCCACCGUUGUCUGGUACCCAGCGAUGGUUGGCGCAUCUUCUCUCUUCAAUUCCAUCCUCGACCUCCCAGUUGGCAACGAACUUUCCUGCGCCAUGAAGGCGACGAAGAUGGCCAACUUCAACCUGUGGUGCUACGUGAACGAAACGUGUUCUCUGUACGAUAUGGAUGUUUUGCCGUUUACAGACCAUUCAGGCACCGAUAUAAUAGUCCACUGCAUGACCAAGAUUCCUAUGAAUCCUAUCGGGAAUUCUUCUUCUUUUCCUGAUUCGGAUUCCUCGUCCACCAUCUUUUCGACCGCUACCUCUGCAGUCACCAGCCCCAUAUCCUCUUCGGCUGUUAUAGAAACAACAUCCACUCAAGCAUCUACAUCCUCUUCAACAACUGCCUCGACUACAACAACAUUAACUACGUCUACAACAACAACGUUGCCAGAGACCACUACAGAAUCAACUAUUACUACUACCACAUUUACAACAGCAAUACCAGACACAUCAACAACCACUACCACGGUGACAACAUCCACUACGACUCCUACAACAUCUACAACAUCAACUACAACUACAGCUCUGACGACAACAUCCGCUACAGCAGGUACAAUAGAGGGCCUGUGCACCAACGUGAAUCAACUCGGGUGUAUUUAUCUCGUGGACGUCAUGGCCACCUGGUACGAUGCUAAGGUUGGAUGCGAGGACUUGGGAGGACACCUGUACAAUGCGGAGACAGAACAGCAGUUUCUAGAUCUAGUCUCUUACGUCAGAUCCAACGGCUAUCCUAGGUAUGUCUGGAUCGGAGUCAAGAGCAGAAAUUGGACGCUAACUUCGCGCCCUGUGUCAGACAACGAAUGGAGCUUUUCGGAACCCAACGGGCCUCUCGAAUACUGUGGUUAUAUGAACAGGGAAAUGGACUACUAUCUGGCUGACUUUGUCUGCAAUGAUCCGUCUCCUUACUUGUGCCAGUCGUAAGAUUUCCAAGACAGUCCCAUUGGGGAUACUAUAAAGAAUUUCAGACCUUGGUUCUAUAUGGUCUACAGAAUACACUUGUGUAAUUUGGUUCCAACAGCCCCUCGGAAUUUUUUUAUGGCAAUGCUUAUCACACAGAAAUGAUCUUUGGUUUUAAUUCUUUGUUGACGUAGUUUCCACUGUAACUACAGCAACAACUACUAGGCCUACUGCAAUUGAUGUUGGUAUCAGCUAUGUUUUUAGUAAGGCUGUGGGGUUAUCCAUACUUAAAGCUGAAUUUUUUUUUUUUUUUUAAUUGUGACUUCUCAGAAUGACUGGCAUUGCUCCAGAUCGACCACAAGAUUAAAUACGUUUUCAAGGUUUGCUCCUUCAGCAAAAAACAAAC